AUGCCGCACGUGGAAUUUGCUUCAGGCGACGCCACUGGCAAUCAGUUCGGCACAGACUCAAACGCCUCGCUAGGGACAUCAUGGACAGCACAGUUUGAAGAUUCUACAAUGGCCACUACAUCGGCGACAGACUCUCCUCCCCCACCCAAGAGCCCUGUCCCAACAGAUAACAUUACUCCUGCCCAGCGGAUGGUGUCUGCGACCGCCGGCAAUGUCUUAACAGGUCUUCUAGUGACACCCUUGGAUGUUGUACGAGUCCGUUUACAAUCACAAUCCCAGGUCUACAACACUUCACCCUUUACCUCCCACACCACCCAAACCUUGAAAAACCUCCCUCCAAACCUCGGUAUCACAUCCUGUUGUCGUGAAGUAUUCUGGGUCGGAAACGAUGCCCAGAUGUGCAUGCUAGGAUCUCAGGCGACCGUGGUCGGAACCCAUCCACACCCGGCGAUUGAUUGCGCCGUCGAAGAAACACAACGGCGAACAUUCACAUCCACUCUCGAUGGGCUACGGAAGAUCGCACGCAAUGAAGGAACAUUGACACUGUGGCGAGGGUUGAGCCCGACCCUGAUGAUGGGAAUCCCGGCCAAUGUCAUCUACUUUGCUGGCUAUGACUGGCUGCGCACAGAUGAACGAAGUCCCAUCAAGCAGCGCGUGUCUGAUGGAUAUGCGCCCUUGAUAGCUGGAUCCUUGGCUCGUGUCGCGGCUGCAGCCGCGACCAGUCCGCUGGAGAUGUUCCGGACGCGUCUCCAGGCAACUCCGGGGACAGGCGCGGGCCAUUUCAAAGCCACAGUGCAGGAUUUGUACCAUAUGACACAGGCAAGGGGAUAUAGCUCACUCUGGCGAGGGUUCACUCUUACCAUGUGGCGCGAUGUUCCUUUCUCCGGGCUUUACUGGUGGGGAUACGAGGAGGUGAGGAAGGCACUGGUCGCGGCGCGCCAGAAAGCCCCUCAUCUAUCGGGCUCGGAUCAUGAGCCCGAAGAAUCAAGUCUCCAAGCUUUCCUCGAUAGCUUCAUCUCCGGAGGUGUUUCGGGUUCUUUAGCGGCACUUGUUACUACUCCGUUCGACGUUGGUAAGACGCGACAGCAGGUUUUCCGACAUUUGGACGAUGUCCCUCUCACUGGCGCCCCCCGCACGGCAUUACCCCUCGGCAUCUUGGCGCCAGAACAAUUAUCCUUACCAAAAUUCCUCAUGCACAUCUUCCGUGAAGAAGGUACCGCUGGUCUAUUCCGUGGUUGGACGGCACGAUGUUUAAAAGUUGCCCCGGCCUGCGCUAUCAUGAUCUCAACCUAUGAGCUUGGAAAGCGCAUGGCCCGCGAGGUCAACGAACGGCGACACUCCGACGCAUAA